GCCUUGGCCGUACACCAUCUUCCAGCGAGGCUUCGACUUGGUGCUGGGCGAGCAGCCAUCCGACAAGAUUUUUCGGUUCACCUACACCCUGGGGGAAGGCAUGUGGCUGCCGCUGAGCAAGAGCUUCGUCAUCCCGCCAGCCGAGCUGGCCAUCAACCCCUCGGCCAAGUGCAAGACCGAUAUGACGGUGAUGGAGGACGCGGUGGAGGUCAGGGAAGAGCUGAUGACCUCCUCCUCCUUCGACAGCCUGGAGGUCCUCCUCGACUCCUUCGGCCCUGUCCGCGACUGCUCCCGGGACAACGGGGGCUGCAGCAAGAACUUCCGCUGCAUCUCAGACCGCAAGCUGGACUCGACGGGCUGCGUGUGCCCGACGGGACUGAGCCCCAUGAAGGACGGCACAGGCUGCUACGACCGUCACGUCGGCGUGGACUGCUCGGAUGGCUUCAACGGGGGCUGCGAGCAGCUGUGCCUGCAGCAGAUGGUCCCCCUGCCCGAGGAGCCCCUGCUCUACAACAUCCUCAUGUUCUGCGGGUGCAUCGAGGACUACAAGUUGGGCACGGACGGGCGGUCGUGCCAGCUCAUCUCGGAAUCGUGCCCCGAGGCGGGGGUGGCCACGGGGCAGGUGCUCAAAGGGACGUUCAGGCAGAACAACUUUGCCCGGGGCCUGGAGCAGCAGCUGCCGGAUGGGCUGGUGGUGGCCACGGUGCCCCUGGAGAACCAGUGCCAAGAGGAGCUCUCCGACCCCAUGCCUGACCCCGAGUUCCUCACCGGGAUGGUCAACUUCAGCGAGGUGUCCGGAUACCCCCUCUUGCAGCACUGGAAGGUGCAGUCAGUCAUGUACCACGUCCGGCUCAACCAGCUGACCAUCUCCCAAUCCUUCAGCAACGCGCUCCACUCUCUGGAUGGGGCCACCUCCCGCGGAGAUUUUGUGGCACUGCUGGACCAGUUUGGCAACCACUACAUCCAAGAGGCAGUGUAUGGCUUUGAGGAGUCCUGCUCCAUCUGGUAUCCCAACAGGCAGGUCCAGCGGCAGCUCUGGCUGGAGUACGAGGACAUCAGCAAAGGCAACUCCCCCUCAGACGAGUCGGAGGAGCGCGAGCGGGACCCCAAGGUGCUCACCUUCCCCGAGUACAUCGCCAGCCUCUCCGAGUCGGGCACCAAGCGCAUGGCGGCCGGCGUGCGGAUGGAGUGCCAGAGCCGCGGGCGCUGCCCCUCCUCCUGCCCGCUCUGCCACGUCGCCUCCAGUCCUGAUGUGCCAGCUGAGCCCAUCCUACUGGAGGUCACCAAAGCAGCCCCCAUCUACGAGCUGGUCUCCAACAACCAGACCCAGCGGCUCUUGCAGGAGGCCACCAUGAGCUCACUGUGGUGCUCGGGCAGCGGGGACGUCAUCGAGGACUGGUGCCGCUGUGACUCGAGUGCCUUCGGGGCUGAUGGGCUGCCCACCUGCGCGCCUCUCCCACACCCCAUCUUGCGGCUCUCCACCGUUCACGAGCCCAGCAGCACACUGGUGGUGCUGGAGUGGGGGCACUCGGAGCCCCCCAUCGGGGUGCAGAUCGUCGACUACCUCCUCCGUCAAGAGAAAGUCACCGACAGAAUGGACCACUCCAAGGUGGAGACAGAGACAGUGCUGAGCUUCGUGGACGACAUCAUCUCCGGCGCCAAGUCACCCUGCGCCAUGCCGGCCCAAGUGCCCGACAGGCUCUCCUCCACCAUCUCCCUCAUCGUUCGCUGCCUGGAGCCCGACACCACCUACAUGUUCACGCUCUGGGGAGUCGAUAACACAGGAAGACGCUCCAGGUCCAGUGAUGUGACGGUCAAGACCCCCUGCCCUGUGGUAGACGAUGUGAAAGCUCAAGAAAUAGCAGACAAGAUCUACAAUCUCUUCAACGGCUACACCAGCGGCAAGGAGCAGCAAACAGCCUACAACACUCUGCUGGACCUGGGUUCCCCAAGCCUGCACCGAGUCCUUUACCACUACAAUCAGCACUACGAGAGCUUUGGGGAGUUCACCUGGCGCUGUGAAGAUGAGCUGGGGCCCAGGAAGGCCGGCCUCAUCCUCUCGCAGCUGGGGGACCUCAGCAGCUGGUGCAACGGGCUCCUGCAAGAGCCCAAGAUCAGCCUCCAGCGCUCGUCCCUCAAGUACCUCGCCUGCCGCUACAGCGAGAUCAAGCCCUAUGGGCUCGACUGGUCGGAGCUCAGCCGGGACCUCAAGAAGACGUGCGAGGAGCAGACGCUGAGUGUCCUUUACAAUGACUAUGGUGACAAGGACUACUGAGGGUUGCAGGCGCCCGCUCUCAUGCUGGCCUUCCCACAGGCGUUUGUGAGAGUUUUAUACACGGACCCAUGGGGGGGGAGGGUGUCACUGAUGUUUCUGGAAGCAAAAAUUUGGACCGGGGGAGCGAAACCAGCUGCUCUGUGC